AUGACAAAUAGUUUACAUGAUGAUUCACAUAUAUCUCGGGAUUUUAUUACUGUCAAUGUGGGCAAACGGGUACGAAUGGAAUGCGAACUAAGUAAUUCAACAAUGUCUGGUAAUAUGAAAGGUCUAUGGCUACGUUUAGAAGAUGCCGAAAUAUUUUUCUAUUCAACAAGUCGAAUUAAUUCAGAUCAACGUUUUCAAAUUGAACAACGUCCUAUUCUUCAUAUUAUUAAUGGUACCUCGUCAUACGAAAUAAUGACAUAUUCAUUGACAAUUGUUGAUGUACGUGUGUCCGAUGAUGGGACAUAUUCAUGUCAAGAAGACAAUAGAAUUAUCAAACUAUUCGUUUUAAAUAUUGUUGAACGACCGUAUUUUGUCACUGAUAAAUAUACAACAUUAUUACGUACACAAAUCGGAAAAAAUGUGUCUAUUGCAUGUGAAGCGCAUGGCAAACCAAGUCCAUUUCUCAGUUGGAUAAAAAAGAUCGAUGACGAGCAACCAAAAACGAUGAUCAAUUGUACAACUACGCCUACCACCUGUCAAUUGAAUCUUCAUCAUGUUAAUCGUUGGCAUAAUGGCAUAUAUGAAUGUGUAGCAACUAAUACCAUUGGUACAAUUGGUCGAUUUUAUACACUUGAUGUUCCAUUUCCGCCAGAUGUUUAUAGUCCUAAAGAAAAAUCUUUUCAUUCAAUUGAUGAUACAAUUACAUUUGAAUGUUUGAUUGAUGCUAAUCCGGAACCGGAUAUACGGUGGUUACAUCGAUUCACCAAUGAUAUUAAUCAAGAAAUGGAUUUAUCUAAUCAUUUUCAUCAAGGAUUUUAUAAUCAUAAUAGUAGAAGAGAGAAUCUAGUUUUGUCGAUUACACAAGAAAAGAUAAAUGCAACUAGGUGGAAAACAAAUCUUUUUCUUAAACAUAUUCCAAAACAUUUUUUUAAUUCAAAUUUUAUUUGUCGUGCGAUCAAUCGUUAUGGUCAAGAUGAACGAUCGAUAAAACUUAUUCAAAAUCAUCAUCAUGUUUCAAAAAAACAUCGUCAUACAACAACAACAACUACAACAAUAAUGACAACAACACUUGGUCUAUAUAAACAAUAUAAUGCAGAUAAAUAUCAAUCAUCAAGUACAACACGUAUGUAUUAA